GUACAAUAAAAGUUUAAAGGCUGGUUAUUAAUAAGUAUUAUAAACAUAAUAUUAAAUAAUAUUAAGUGAAUGAAUUAAAGCAUACUUUGAUAGGAACAGAGAUUGAAAUUUUGGAAUAUUUGAGAAAUGAAUUCUUAUAAGAUGAGUAGAAAACAGAGAGGAAUAACAAUAUUAUAGAUUAGGAAUGUUUAAGAAUAGAAGUAAUUAAAUGGAUUAUAGAGUAUAUUAGAGAUUAGGAUUAUUAUUUUGAUAGGUUGAAUUAUUGGAUGUAUAGUGAUAUUAAUGAUGAAUAAUAUAUAAUUUAAAGAGG